CUCAAGCACUGACCUCUGAGUGUCCCGGAGCGAAGUGCGUUCCGUGACUUGUUCCUGGAGAGAUGAUGGCCCCGCUUGCAGCUGGAGCAGUGUCAGGUACAGCAAAGCAAAGCUUGCCGGAAGGCAUGGCCCCUGUCACCCGGCCUACGAAGCUCUUCAUUGGAGGCAUCACUCGAAACACCACGACGAAGCAGCUUCGUGAUCACUUCUCUGCAUAUGGCCGGGUGCUGGAUUGCGUAGCCAUGCGCCAACCAGAUGGACGUCCUCGUGGCUUCGGGUAUGUGACCUUGGAUUCACCGCAAGCGGCCGAGUUGUGCUUAGCACAGCCGCAAGUCAUUGAUGGACGGGUGGUGGAUAUGAAGCGCGCUGUGCCGGAGGGCGACAUGGAUUCAGCACCAACGACCAGGUUGCACGUGCCGGGCGCAGCGCGCGUCCAACCUCCUGGUCUGGUGCAAGGUGGAGGAUUCGGAAUGGAGCGAGUUGCAGGUCUUCAGUCCGGACGUGCUCCGAAUAGUUGGUUGCCAUCUGGACUUUCUGCAGGAGUGGGCGUUCCCAGCAGAGUGGGCGUUGGGCCUGCUGGAGUUGGUGGUGGAGUAACACCACAGGUCUGGUCUGGUUUGCAAAGCGCUCCGGACUGCCUGGAGUUACUGAGCCGCAGCGAGUUGCCUGACACGCCCAGGUGUGCGAAGGAUCAGAUCAAGGCUGGUUUACUCUCAGCGAGUGCUCCUGAGUUCGUGCCACAGCCUGCGCUGCCAGCAUUGCGGCCUGCCCUGGGCGAGAUCACCAACAUGGUGCACCGACAAGAUGACCUCAAGAAGGUCCUGGCACCUGUGAAACCCAUCCCUCGCAGCCCGGAUUUGCAGAUCAACACAGAUGCCAUCUUCGAAGAUGGCUCCACUGACAGCAAUCCCAGUCCUCCUGGCUUGUGCCGUGAGAACCAAUGCGAUUUGGCCGACCUCAAGGUGUUGGGGAUGUUGCCAUCUUUGGGUUCACUGGAACAUGCUUCUGGCACCUGCAAGCGCUGCAACUUUUAUCCCAAGGGUCGGUGUCAGAACGGCCAGAGCUGCACCUUUUGCCACUUGUCGCACGACCGGCGCAAGGCCAGUCGUUCUGAACGCAAGGCGCGGUUGACCGACCCCACGACACCAUCCACGGAUGAAGAAAUCUUCCUGGGACUCCCAGAGGUGUCACCAGUGCCACCCCUGCUGCCCUUCGGCCAAGCGGUGGUGCCUCCCCCAGGCCUCACGAGCCUAUUGGCCACACAGCCAGUGACUCCUGUGUGGAAGGAUGAAGAUUUGGAGUUGCCAAUUCCAUCCCCUUUGGGUUCCACCUUCAUGAAUCCUCUUUCCUUGACAUCAACGGGGUGCUUGGCCACUGUGCCAAUGACAAAUCCAGUGGCACCUCCUUCUAGCCCCAUGACCGUGCUGCUGCAGAGCCAUUUGGAGGUGGGUGAAUACGUUUGGGAAGAUCAUUCCAUCUCGUCCCUUGAUAUAACCGAAAUAUAUCAUAAUGUAUCCAUAUUUCAUGAGAAUCCUGAAUAA